AUGGCCUCAGAAUCCCUACAGGAUACCUUCGCCAGACGCGCCGAUGAACUGCGCGAAUACAUCUUCUCUCAGCCAGCCAGCAACUUUGAGAACAAUCCUUGGGCUCUAGCAGCUGCUAUUGAAACAUUCGCCAAUGAAAAGGGCCACAUGAUGAUCUUCCGCGAUAGCAAAUUAGCCGUCGCUAAAGAAGCCCUCCUUUCACAGCAGCCUGCUCCUCGUACCAUUCUGGAAUUCGGUACAUUUGUAGGCAAGUCAGCUCUAGCAUGGGGCGCUAUUCUUCGUGAUAUUUACGGCGAGAAUAUUCCCGAGGACGUCAAUGUGUACACAUUUGAUCCGGACUCGAAGAUGGUCGCAUUGACGCGGGACUUCGUCAAGCUUGCUGGCAUGGAGAAUGUGAUUCACGUCCUUGAGGGAUUCGGAUCUGAUUCUUUAAAUAAGCUCGUGACAGAAGGCAAGGUUACUAGCGUUGAUAUGGCAUUCUAUGAUCACUGGGAGAAGUAUUAUCUCUCCGAUCUUCAGUUGCUUGAGGAAUUGAAGCUAUGGCGCGUGGGAUCGCUCGCUAUUGCUGAUAAUACUGAUAUGCCUGGUGCACCCGAUUACUUGGCUUAUGUUAAAGCUGGUGGUAGCGGUGCUUCUGGAGCUGUGAAGUACGAGAGCAAGUCUUAUGAGACACAAGGCGGCAAGGGUCCAAACACAUUCACAUCAUCAUCACACGCCAAGCUCAUCAUCAUGACCGUUUUCUUUCUAAUCAUAAUCAAUAAGGCCGGCGGUCUGAUCUAUCAGCGCGAGUUCCAACCCGGCCUUCGCAAGCUCUCCACAAACGACUACCUGGUGCUCGCCGGUACCUUCCAUGGUGUUCACGCCAUCACCCGCACCAUCACCCCGAGACUUCCCCUUCAAAAUACCACAUCCCCCGUCGUCGCAUCCCCUGGUACAAAUGCCCCUACCACCUCCGGCUACUCCUAUCCUAAUCCUGGUGUUCCUGCGUCGGGUCUUGAAUAUCUCGAAACGGAGAAGUUCCGAUUGACAUGUUUCCAGACGUUGACAGGGACCAAGUUCUUGCUCUUUACCGAUCCGAUGACGGGAAGUGUCGAGACGGUUAUGAAUAAGAUUUAUGAGCUUUACGCCGACUAUGUGAUGAAGAACCCUUUCUAUCAACUAGAGAUGCCUGUACGCUGCGAGGCAUUUGAUCGUCAUCUCGCAGCUUGGUUAAGGGGGCGGACAUAA